GGGUGGGCGGAUCCGGCCACUGCGGGGUGGAUGGGAGCUGCGCCAGGAGACGGGCGCGCGUGGAGAGGGCGUGGGAGUUGGCAUUCGGUGGUCCUGGCAGUUAGCUGAGCGCGCCCUCUGAGCCGCUCGGUUGACACCAGGCUCUCUAGUAGGCCUGGCCUACCCAGAAACAGCAGGAGAAAGAAACAGGCCAGCUGUGAGAAGUCAAGGACACCGAGUCAGUCAUGGCACCUAAGGCAGCAAAAGGGGCCAAGACAGAGCCAGCUCCACCUCCAGCCGGGGCCAAACCCCAGGAGGACAAGAAGGACGAUAAGGAGCCAUUGGACAAACCUCAAAAGUUGGUGCAGCCCAAGCACGAAGUGGGCACGAGGAAAGGGUGUCGCCGCUACCGGUGGGAAUUAAAAGACAGCAAUAAGGAGUUCUGGCUCUUGGGGCACGCUGAGGUCAAGAUUCUGAGUUUGGGCUGCCUAAUAGCGGCAAUGAUACUGUUGUCCUCACUCAGCGUGCACCCCAUCCUGACGCUUAUCAUCACCAUGGAGAUAUCCAUCUUCAGUUUCUUCAUCAUACUGUACAGCUUUGCCGUUCAUAGAUACAUACCCUUCAUCCUGUGGCCCAUUUCUGACCUCUUCAACGACCUGUUUGCCUGUGCGUUCCUGGUGGGAGCCGUGGUCUUUGCUGUGAGAAGUCGGCGAUCCAUGCAUCUCCACUACUUACUUGCUGUGAUCCUUGUUGGUGUGGCUGGAGUUUUUGCUUUGAUCGAUAUGUGUCUUCAAAGAAACAACUUCAGAGGCAAGAGGGCCAAAAAGCAUAAGCUGAUUUCUCCUCCAGGCAAAGAAAAAGAACCCCAGCAGGGCAAGGGACCAGAACCCGCCAAGCCACCAGAGCCAGCAAAGGGAAAGAAAUGACUUGGAGGAGGCUCCUACUGUCUGAAACGGCAGUGUAUUUUACAGCAAUACAUUUCCACUCUCUUCCUUGUCUUCUUUCUAGAAUGGUUUUCUUUUCCAUUUUCAUUACCACCUUUGCUUGGAAAAGAAUGGAUUAAUGGAUUCUAAAAGCCUAAA